GUGGCCUAUUCAUUUGUUCAUUCCCGUGGCCGUUGAGAAGACGCUACACUAUCGUAAUGGUGUAUAGGGCUGUAAAAUGGAGUUCCUUUAAAAUAAUAAAUUAGGUUUGUUAACAAGGAAUGCCAUCUAAUUAAAUGCAGCCGAAUGUCUAAAGAAAAUUACAAUAUAACUCCCCCAAAAUUUAAAUACAAUCAUUAAUUACAAAGCAUCACACACUGCAUAAUUUAGAGAAAUGAGAAAUUUAAGUGAAAUAAAUCAUGUAGCCUGGCUGGUUUCCUUCUUAUUUUUUAUAACUUCUCAUGAUGAUGUAAAUGCCAUGCCCACUGGCAAAUGAAAAUUCUUUCCCAAAUUAACUAUACAUUCUAAAAUAUAACAUGUUUUGUUCCACUUUUGAAUACUAAAUAUGUUAACUAAAGUUCUGAAGACUAAUGACUAACUUAACUUAAGUAAGCCCUGUGGCUUGUGAUGAAUAUGCUUUAUAUGAACUAAGUCCACAUUUUUUAUUUGAUCCUUAAACAUGCUCUGGGGAGGUUAUCUGCAUGCAAAAUAAUUGAUCGACCACUGUUAACUGUGGUCAGAUGUGUGCCAGUGAGGAAUCUAUUUGUAAAAUAUUGUAUUGAAUUGCAAAAAUGAGUUUUUUGUUUUCAACUCAAUAAAAGUAUCCUGAUGUAAAAAACAUCUACUUGCACAUGAGUAGACCCAUGCGAAAUAAUUUUAGGCGACCUUAAACUUUUUAUUGUAUUAUCUUUCUUCAAAGUUUAAAUUUUUAGUAAUGAAUAUCAUCAGUUACAAAUUCAUCCCUUGCUAAUACAUAAUUUAAUAAUAAUACACUUGUCUCUUUUUUUAAAAGAGCUGUUUUGUGCAAAAUGACAGGCAUUAAAUGUAAAAUUUUCUAGAGUUUUGUAAUUUACUAAGGCUAAGGAAUAUUGGUCAUUGGUGCUUUUAUUAAGUUCAUCACCAGUGUUUCUGAUUUUUUUUCAUGGGCCAGAAUUUAUGAUUCAACUUUGUGACCCACUAAAAUUGUUAUAGCUUAUUCUAGUCUAUCAAUAACAUAAAUAACAACAGAUUUUGGAAAACUGAAGUUAGAGGCAUGGACUUCGCCAAGAGUUGUCUAAGCCUAAGGGCAGUGGACUCACUUUGCGAAAUCCCAACACUACUUAGUUUAGGGUGACACUUCCAACAGUUGGACCUGAAAGAUCAUUAAAGAUGUGUAUGAUAACUUUCCCAUUCUUUAAUGAGCAUUAUUCCUGUCAUAAACUAAAUUCAGACCUGUUUACUCUUACGAUUUUGGAAUGCAAUGUACAAUUUUGAGAUAUCUUUUAUGAUUGUAUACAAGACCUGUCAGAACUACAAUUUUAAGAGACCAGGUUGAAAAAAUAUAAAUUCCAGUAUUUCUAUCUGAUUAAAAUAAAAUAAAUUAAAAAGAACAUUUUCGAUAUUUGGUUUUAAUGUGGGCAUUUGCAUUUUACAUCCAGCAGUGACGGGAUCGAUUGAGAAAUAUGAUUGGUUUGGCACCAUCUAUAAUCAUAUGACAUUUGGGCUGUUUCAGAUUUAGCGGCCCACGUUGACUUUGUUAAGGUUAGGCAUAGGGAUCGAUUUAGGGUUCGGGUUAGGUUUAGGGAUAGAUUUAGGGUUCGGGUUAGGCAUAGGGAUAGAUUUAGGGUUCGGGAUAGGCAUAGGGAUCGAUUUAAGACGUAAAAGUGCGAGCAUGGAAAUAAACGCGGGCCGCUUUCUCUGAAUUUACCGACAUUUGCCCCAAGGGGGGGAAUGGAGUGGUGUUGAUAUAGAUUUUGUGUAUGGGGAGGGGGGUCUAAAUAUAAAAAUAAAUACUGCGACAUUUUUGUAAUGAUAGUGGGGGUUGGGGUCCUCAGCAGUAUGUACUAUUAUUCAAAAUUUCUACAAUAUCAAUUGCAGUUGGGUUGAAAGCUCAUUGUAGGUACACAAGGAGGAGGGGGGUGGUUUCCAUCAAAAAGUAUUAGUGCAUGGGGGGGGGGGUGUUGUUUGGGGUUUGAAAAUUUGACCUUUAUUCAAAAUUUCUACAAUAUCAAUUGCAGUUGGGUUGAAAGCUCAUUGUAGGUACACAAGGAGGAGGGGGGUGGUUUCCAUCAAAAAGUAUUAGUGCAUGGGGGGGGGGGGUGUUGUUUGGGGUUUGAAAAUUUGACCUUUUUGUGUACAUACUGUAUAGAUGGCCCCUUCUCGAGUUUGUUUGCUUCAGUGUUGUAUGAUGUUAUUUUGUGACAAAAUUAUUGUUUACGACUGAACCGCAGCGAGUGCAGAAACUGGAAAAGAUGCAUUUUCAACUGUUCGGCGCUGCAACAUGAGUGUUCGGUAUAUUUUGUAGGAUCCGAGAGGGCCUUAGAAAUCUAUAUUUAGAGCGCACGCUCAAGCAGCUGUACGAUUUUUAUUACCCCCUCUCCCUUUCACCCAUUUAAAGUUGUCAGACUAUAUGUUAAUGUGAAAUAAGCAUAAUGGAUAACGAUUAUCUUUAAAAAAAAACAACAGCUUUUCCUUAAAAAUCUCACGUUACUUGGUAGUUUUUAUUUUAAAUGGGGCCCUAAUUUGUUAAUUCUUAUUUAAAAAUUUAUUUUAUUCUGAUCUUACUUCAAAUUUGAACCACAUUCAUUUCACCAGUCACAUUAUUUUUAGCAGUGACAAACUGUGAUAAUGUGAUAUGCACCUUCACUAAAUAUUAAUGGAUAUUUAUAGCAGAUACACAUUUGCCAAAGUGACAGCAGAUUGCAAUAUAAAUGUCAGUUAUCUACAUUUUACCUUCAGUUACCGUUUUUGACGCCAGCUUAACUUGAUCACACUAUACACAUGUUGGCGAGUGGUUAUUUAAUAUAUUAUAUAUACUGUAUGUUUAUUUAUUUACUGUGUUGUACUAUUUUAAAAAGAUGUACGAUUUAAGGAGUUUGAGGCUCAACAGGCAUUUAAAUCUAACCAUUGAUACAGAAAAUAUAAUAAUAAUAAUAUAAUAUGAAAUAUAUUAAAAUGAAAAUUUUCAAUAGUUUUGAUUAAAGUUCAAAUUAUAAAGUUCAAAAGAAAUUUAAAUCAAAAGUUUUAAAAAACUUUUUUAAAAAGUCUUUCUAUCAAAGACGAGUUAAACAAAUUCUUAAAAUGCAUUACGCAAAUAAAAAGUGCAGAAGUGUAGAUGAGCAUUAUGAAGUCAAUGGAUUCUUAUGGAAUGUAGAUGCAACUUAAAUGUUUAUUUUUUAUUAAUUUCAAAGAGAACACAUCAAAUUUAAAUUUAGCAGUAUGUCAGUUGUACACUGGAAAAAAGCCUUUUAGUCCUAAAAUUGUCUGAAGAAUAAUUAUUAUUUUUUACCGGUAAUAAUAUUAGUGUUCUAUUUCUUCUAAAUCCCCAGUUUACACUAGACUUAAGUAGAUGGCAUUGUAAAAAUGGAACCCGAUCAAGGAAUUCCUGUUUCAAGUGUGCAUUCUCCACCUGCAUCAGGAUGCCACCGUCUACCACAACUUCCUACCAUGGGUCGCAAUGUCCGAACAGCUCAGAGUAAAACAAGUGCAAAACUAAAUUUUGAAUCAAAGCCUAGAGAUGAGGCUGCAGUUUUACACAUAGAUGGAACAUCAAAAGUAGUCAAGAUUUUAACUGAUGGCAUUUCAGAAUGGACUGAGUUUGAGGGCAAGGAAACUGUUCCUGUUCCUGUUGUACUUCCUGCCAUUGAAAGAAGUGUUCCUGAUCCAAACGCUUCAUAUGUGGAGGCUACACUAUCGCCUUUACUCAAAAAGAAAAGGCAGAAGAAAAGCAGUGAGAGUAGGUCGAGAAAAGGGCUACCUCCUAAUGUUGCUAAUGCUGAUGCAGAUAAUUCAAACCUGUUAAAUAAUAUUGAAACUUUGGACAAGAAGAAAGAUAUUCCUAAUAUUAAUUGUUCUGCAAAGGAUUUUGAACUGUCUCUACCUGAUGAAGCACAUCAUGAUUUGCAAAAUAUUUCCAAAAUCUCAGAUAACAGCAAAUUACCUCAGGAAGAUAAAAGUAGGAAGAAAAAAGAAAGUCCUUUAGAAAAGAAAAAAAGAACAUCUAAAAUGGGCCAUGAAGUCAAACCUUUUGAAAAUGAACAAAAUGAUAGCAUGCAGUUUGUUAAUAAUACUUUAAACCCUGAAUCACAACAGGAAGAAAUCAAACCUGCAUUACCAGAACCAGAAGAUGCUACUUCUAAUAAGGGUCACAUUCCAAGAUGUGUUUUGAUUUUGUCGACUGAGGUACCCACUGGAACUCAAUUAGAGAAGCUUUUAUCUAUGAAUUCAGCGCCAUAUGAUUCACGGUAUCCACCAAUGUGGGAAGAAGGGGAUAUGCUGUGGGCAAAAGUCAGUGGUCACCCUUACUGGCCGUGUAUGGUAUCUCAAUGUCCAUUUACUAAAAUGUUCACACGCAUUAAAGGUAACUCAAAUUUUUUUACAUUGUCUCUAAAAUUUAUGUGUAGCUUAUAUUUUUAGUCUUUUUAUGCCUAAAAAAUGAAAAGAUGAUAAAAAAUUUUCAUAAAAAAUGGACUUAUUUUACUUUUGUAGUAUUAAAGUCUUCAAUGUUUUCUCAAAAUACAGGUGAUGUCAAAAUAAUCAGGUCAUAUCAUGUGCAGUUCUUUGGCAAUGAAGUUGAAAGAGGCUGGAUUAAUGAGCCAUCUUUAAUGUUAUUUGAAGGAAAAUUCAGUUUCUUAGAGAAAGCUCAGUUAGAGCUGGCUAAACAAACUAAGAAAGGUAAAAGUGCCUACAAUCCAUUUAAAAUUAAUAUAUCCAGAAGACAUGCUUGGAACAUAGCUGUUGAAGAAGCAGAGGGGGCAAUGAAUUUGUCUAAAAGUGAAAGAAGAGUGCAAUAUACAUUUGAUUAUGUAUUUAUGGAUGAACUGAAAAAAGAAAAAAUAAUUAAAAAAAAAGAUCAAAAAGGAACACUGGAUGAAUCUAGCAUUUCAAAGUCAACAACUUCAGGAAUAAAACGGAAACGAACAUCUUCUGAAGGAAAAAGUCAAUCCCCAAUUGCGAACAAAAAUAAAAAACGUAAAUUAGAAAUUAAAUUUCCUCUUCCAAAGCCUAUUCCAUUUGGAGCUGAAACAUCAUUUGACACAUAUUAUGCAAACCAUCGGAGUACAGUAAUAGAGCAACAUCCAGAGUGGGAUACUACUUUUGUAUUUGAGUACCUUAGGCAGCAGUGGGAGAAGGAAAAGAAGAAAACUGCUCAGUCACCUCAUUCUUCAACAGUAGGUACUCCAACCCCACCAGGUAUGUACCAUUGGGAGUAGGGGCCACUGAUUAAAAUUACAGUAAGGUUAAUCCUAAGUUCUUUAAAAUGUUAGUUUUUAGAUCCAACAAAAGGUAAAUUAAAGUAAAUUAAAUAAUGGAUUAUGCAAUGAAGGUAAAUGGUAGGAAUACUGUUUAUAUUUCUUGUUCUCUAAAAUAAAUAUUUACAACAAAAAAAAAAUGUAAAUAAGAGAAUGGUAAAACUUUUGAAAGUACAUUGCGUUUUUUAACAAUCAAAUAGGAAGUUUAUAAAAAUUACAAAAAAAUUAAUAUUUUAUGUGUAGGAAAUAUAAAGAAAAGACGAGGAUCUAAACUGAUGAAAUUAUUGAGUGGAGAAAGCCCUGUUGUUUGUGAUUCUUACCAAGAAGUAAAAGAACAGGUAAUCUACACCAAGCCUUUCGUUAUAGGCUUGGUAAAAUAAGUAAAUAAGACAGAGUUUAUUCAGAAAGUGAAAAUUCAAUUUAAUCACUGUUAAAAUACCUAUUACUAUAAGUUCAUAAUUGAUUUUUAAUAUUAAUAAAAGCACUUAAUCUAUGCACUCUAAAACUUAUUGUGCCAAGUUGUUAGUGGUGGUUGCAAAAAGGUUUAAAAACUGAGGAUCUUAGCAAAUUUGAAAUAGUUACAAGUUUCAAAACAAACGAUCUUGCUCACCAUAAUUUUUUAAUAUAAAUAUAUUAUGAUUUUGUCUCCUUUUUUCUUUAGUGAGGAUUGGAUUUCAAGCUCAUCAAUAAAUUUGUGUUUUUUUCCCACCAAUUUUUUACUGACCAUUUUUUGGUCUUACUCUUUUCAUGUUUAUGCUAUGUGACAUAAACAAAUUUAUUAAAUUUAAAAAUGAUUCUGGAAACGUUCUUAAAUUGAUAAAUAUAUUAAUUAAUAAAACUUAUUUUAAAAAAAAUCAAAUCUGUUGUGUUCCAUAGUUCUUGAAUAGAAAUGUUUGGCUUUGUAAUUUUCAGGGCAGUCCAGGACAAAUAAAGAGAAGAGGAAGGCCACCUAAGUAUUUACAACAGAUGGAAGUAGAAUUAGUUACAAGUUCUUCGCCUGCUUCUGUCACGCAAGAAGCAGAGGAGACUCUAAUAACAGAUGAAGACACUGCACGCCCUAAAUUAGCAGCCUCUGCUCUUUCUGCACGCAAAGUUAGCCAAGAAUCAGAUUCAAGCACUGAGGUUUUUUUCUUGUCUUUCACAUGUAGAUUAAUAUGUAUGAGUUGCUAUUAGAUAAAAUAUCUGUAAUUUGAUAUUGAUAUAUCUGACAAAAAUAUCUAAAUUUGUCACUGUAACUGUAAGGAAUUAUUUCUAUAACUGAGUAGAGAAACAGUUGGGAACUCCCUGAUACCAAAACUGGAUAUGGCCCAAAGAGAAGGAAAAUUAUCCUUCCUGCCCAUAUUGAAAAAUCGGACCCUGAUCUGUAAAGAAAUAUUGCACUGACCUGUCACCAAAAGCAAGAAGUUGAUAUUUUGAUAGAAUCUCUUUUUAUUGGAGAAGUAGCAUCCUGCAUCUCCAUUUCCAUUUCAGUAAUAUUAUUGUUUCUUAAAUAAAUUACAUCAGUGAUUUCCCAAUGCACAAAAAACUGCAAAUUUAUUAAUGUCCUUAUUUCCCUUCAUUUGAACUUGCAGCAAUGUUACAUGUUAAUAUAUUUAUAUAAGCAGUUUUUCUGGAGAAGUAGCAUCCUGCAUUUCCAUUUCAGUAAUAUUAUUGUUUCUUAAAUAAAUUACAUCAGUGAUUUCCCAAUGCACAAAAAACUGCAAAUUUAUUAAUGUCCUUAUUUCCCUUCAUUUGAACUUGCAGCAAUGUUGCAUGUUAAUAUAUUUAUAUAAGCAGUUGAUAAAUUGCAAUUUAUUCUGUAGAGUAAAGGAAAAGGCUUGCGAGAGAAUGAACCAUAUGAGCUUGAAAUUUUCAAGCUGAACUCAACCUGCAAAAUUGAUAAAGAUAAGAUCUGUGCAAUCUGUGAGAAGAAUGGAGAUGUAUUUGAAUGUUCAAAGUCAUGUGGACAGCAUUUUCACCCCUCUUGUGUCAAUGUUGAACCCCAGGCUGUUGAGCAAUAUGUUUGUCUUGAGUGUAGCUCAGGUAUACUGAUUUUAAGAAUCAUUUGUGCGCUUAAUUACGCUUAAGUUAUUUUUUUAGUGAAUAUGAAAUAAAAGAAAAAUCUCUUACAAGUUAACUGUAAAUAAUUAUAUAUUUUUUGUAUAUUGCAUGUAACUUGUAAUUGUUAACUGAACGUUUUUAAAGCAUCUCUUAGAGAUAUAAUUUACUGUAAUAGAUAUCAGAGUGAUCAUUUUUAAAAAUAUAAAUGUGACAUUAGCCUUGUGAUACAUCACAAUUACAUGAAUUGCAUUUUCAUUUUAAAAAAAAAGGAAAUCACACAUGCUUUUCCUGCAAAAAAGCAGACAUGGAGACUGUAAAGUGCUCUGUUAAUUUGUGUGGCAAAUAUUAUCAUGAGGACUGCAUACGAAAAUACCGACUCGCUCGCUGGGAAUUAAAAGGAUUUAUUUGUCCACUACACACCUGUGCCACCUGCGCUGUAGACAGUGUCAAGAAUCCUAAAGCCAUUAAAGGUAAAUAAUUGUUUAAAUAACCCUCUAAUGCAUUUAGAGCCUACUGUGAUUUCUCGAAUUCCCACCACUGCCUGCCUUCUAUGCUGGGUAGUGGCAAGCCAGACCAAUAGUCAUGCUCUUUCGGGCCGGCUAAAAUUUACUGCUGCGCUUGAGUGAAGCUCUCUUUUAAAAGGGAAAUCUAUGUUUUUAUCUGCUUUUAUUAAAGUUACCAGAUUUCAAAGUUCCACAUGGUUUUCCAAGCUAAUUCACAACAAGCUGGUAAGUUUACAAGACUAGCAAGUUUAGAUGAUGAAACAAUCAAAGUAGAAUUUUUUUAAAUUAAUGUAGAAAGAUAGUCAACUUCAGAUAUUAUAAUUAAAAGGUUAUUAUUUAAAUAACCGCAUUUUUAUAUCAUGAAUAAUACAUUUCAUUCAUCUGAUAUUUUCUGCAAUUUAAAUAAAAUGUCGUUGCUUAUUUCAUUUUAAAAAAAACAACUAAACUUAUUUUUAAAAUGAGUUAUGUUUCUUUGCUUAGGAAGGAGGGCAAGUAUUCCUUUAAGAAGAUUUAGUAAGAGUCUUAAAAAUUUGCAUUUUUUAUUAUCAAAUAAAAAAUAAAAUUGUAUUUCCUUUAUGGUUUUAUGAUUUAACCAAAAAAAAAUAAAAACAUUUUUGGUUGUUAGUUUUAGCUCCUUGCUAAACUAUGUGGUGAGUGGACAGAGAAAUAUGAUUUGCUGGGGACCAUCCAUAAUUAUAUUACAUGUGCACUGAAAAGAGAGGGGGGGGGGUGGUUUUGACUUGAGAGAGUACAUUUGUGCAAAGGAGACGUCGAAAAAAUUUUAAAUGCUAUAACCACGUUUUGUAAUUAUCUAAUGAUCGUCAUAUUGUUGAUUUGUGUUUUCCCAAUGAACUUGCUAGAUAUAGCAACAAUAAUAUUCAGCGUACUCGCUAUACUGACUGACAAAUUUAGUAAACAGUUGCUUUUGUUUGUUCUGGUGCUGUAUUGUAUGUUGUAAUUUUGUGACAUAGUUAUUUUGUUCUUCGGCUGAAUGGUAGCGAUUAUGGAGAAAGCUAUGGAUUUAAACAAAAUCCAUUCUCAGCUGCUCUGCACAGCAGCAUUAUGUUUUAAAUUAUUUUAUUCAAAAAGAUUACUAAGCCGCUUUUGAAAUAUAUUUGUAGAAGUCGCUAAGCAGCUGUAAAAUUUAAAACACUACCACUCCUCUUCCCUUCUCCCAAUACAGCUUGUGAUAGGUAUUAGUAUUAGACUACAUAUGUUACGGAAAAUAAAAUCAGGCUUCUGGGCUUAAUGCAGGGGUGGGCAACCUUCGGCCCACAAGUUAAAUAUUAGGGUCUGUCUGAUGUAUCACAGAUGAACUUAUUUCUUCAUUUAAUUAGUGAUUAUUUUCAUUUUUGGCAUAAAAGCACAUUUGAAAUAUGUAAAAAUGACUUUUUGGGAAUAUUUCUGUGUAACCGCCUCUUUUUUAAACAUAUUCAAAAAACUACAUUGACAUAAGUAACAAAUUGUCAAAAAACUUUUCAAUAUUUAGUAACAUCUUAAAUAAAAAGGAUUUAUAGAAACACAGCCAGGUAAGGGAAACCUAAAUUUCCACAAGCAUUACGAUUAUUUGUAGAAUGAUGUAAAGCUAUAUUCAGGUAUAGGCUAAAGUGCAUCCCUGCAUGUAGACUUUAUAACAAAUUUUAUGAAAGUGGGCUCAGCCUCCUCCCCAAACCCCACCCCCACUUUUGCCUGGAUGACUGGUGGGCUUCCUCAAUUUCUGCUCCCCUACCACAUCUAUCAAAGUCUGCAAAUGACAGGUAGUAUUUGGAAUAAUGCAUUGUAUAUAAAUAUAUAAAUGUCAGUCAUCUACUUUUGAAGUGACCUUUAUUAGAAGGGCAGUGCAAAUAGUUUUUGUAUAUAUGGUACAUUAUACUGUAUGUUUAUUUAUUUACUAUUACAAUACAUUAUUUUACAAGUUUGAGACGGUAAAGUACUAUUCUGAGACUAUAGUGUACUAUUUUGUGAGUUCCAAUGUAACCAGGUCUGGACAUAUGACUAUUUAGCCUAACACUAGAAAAUGCAUUAAAAUGAAUAAGGCUCUCAGCCACUGUUGUUUUAUUCUACUAACCACAUUGUUGUCCACAUUAAAUUAUUUUCAUUUAUUCCAAAGCUGAUAUCUUUUAUCAACUAAUUUUAACCCAAUCCAAUCAACUAGGCACAGUAAUUGCAUUUAGUUCAACCUACAAUAACAACUGAACCAUUUAUGCUAUUUAAUUAGAUAUUGAUUCUGUAAGAAUCAGAAAUUAUUUUACAUUUAUCUUCUUCCAUGCUGGUACUGUGUUACAUUUAUGAGAUGAGUAUCUCCUAUCCUCUCAUCUCUUGGUUAUUUAAUAUGGUUGCUCCAGGGACCAUAUUUGUACGGUUGCCCUUUAUAUCAGGUCCAAAUGAAAUAAACUGUACCAGCUUAUCAGCAGUGUCCUCAGUUUUUUCUUUUAGUGAACCCAGUGAAUAGACUAUACAGUAACAGUUCACACAAUUAGUGCUUGUAGAUUAAAAAUGAAUGUUAGACAUUUUUUUCAUCAACAAGAAUGUCCAGUUUUAAAAUCAAGUUGGCUUAAUUGCCAUAACAUUGCAGCUGACAGCGAACUUUGGAUCAGGCGAAAAUGCACAUCAUCAUCAGCAGUCAUGUCUUCUUGUUGUUAUUGGGCUAGUAUCACUACUUGAAAACAUCGCUGGAAGAUUUGGGUAUCAUUUUGUGAUACCAGCCUUCAGUGAAGUUUGACAGGAUUGGUAUUAUGGUGGACAAAAAUCCCAUCAUGAACAAAACACGAUGCAUGGACUAAAUUUUAUAAAUUAAAAAAAUUAAUUUUUGUUAAAAAUUGAUAUUUUAACAAAUUUAUCAAUGAAAUUAUAUUGACAUGCUAAAAAUAACUUUGGUUUAUAAAAAUUUGAGAGAAAAUGGUUAUAAUCCACAAGUCGCUUGUGAUUUUAAAGUCAAUAUAGUGUACUUGAGAGUUAAACACAUUUUCUUUGAUUUUGAGCUAGACACAUUUUCCCAUCAUCAUGGCCACAUUUCUGUCUUUAUAGCAUGAAUUUGCAGAUAUUUAUAUAAAACAAGUGGCACUUGAAUCUAUGUACAGUUACAUUUAAAUGUUAGUUAAUUAUUCUUUCUUGGUGCUGUAAUGUACAAAAGAGAAUAACAUUCUUUGUUUAUAUUCUGUAUGUCUUCAUUGGAAUUUUUUCAUAUUAUUUUUUCUAGAAAGUCAUAAUUUAUUAACUUCUUUGUGUAGGAAUCUCUGGAUAACUAUUCUUUAAAUAUUUGCUAAAGUCUGUGUUACAAGCAGUUAAGACUUACAAUUUAUUUCUAGGUCGGUUUUAUCGAUGUGUAAGAUGCCCAACUGCCUACCAUGUGGGGGAUUUCUGUGUAGCUGCUGGAAGCACUAACCUUGCUGGUACUUACAUUGUUUGCAGUGAUCAUUUUCAGCCUAAUCGAUCUCUCAGUUGUCAUUCUCGUCUUAACAUCACUUGGUGUUUCAGCUGUAGUAAAGGUAAUUUGAUGUAAAUUAUUUUUUAUUUUAUUUCACUGUCCGAACAUCAUUUGCUUCUAGAAUUUCAGUGAGUAUCAAUAAAUAAAAAAUACAACCUUUUUUAAGCAUUAAUUUUGAUAAUGUAUGAUUACCGAUGUCCAUAUUUUAACUAAGUAAAUUCUCAAUUUUUUUUGUAAAAAGGAGGAACACUGUUAUGCUGUGAAACAUGUCCAGCUGCUUUUCAUGCUGAAUGUGUUAAGGUUGAGAAAACACCAGAAGAUGCUUGGUUUUGCAUGGACUGUGCUGCUGGAAGAAAACCCUUGUAUGGCAAUAUUGUCUGGAUCAAAGUUGGAAACUAUCGGUAAGAGGGAAAUAAGGGGAGAGACUACGAUCAGGCUAGGUAAAAGAAAAUGAGCGAAAAAAUGUAGUGGAAAACCUGAAAAAAGGGCACAACAAACAGGUAUGAGCCUCACAACAGCUUUACAUUUUAACUCUCUGCAGUCUAAAAUUUUCUAAAAAAUAUUAAAAGGUGAUUUUAUAAUUAAAUUAAAUAGGUCUCAUGAAAUAUGUCUGAUCUUAUUAAUUAUAUAUAUUAACUUUUUAAGCUUUGAAUGGGCUAUCAUAUAUUUUAAAAAUAUUUUAUUUACUUUUCUUUUUUUUGUCUAAAUACAUAAAAUAAUAUUUGAUUAAUUUUUUCAUUAUAAAAGUUUUAAAAUUUAUUAAAAUUUGUCACAAACCGUAGUAAUUCUAUGAAAAAUAAAAGGUGGUGAUUUUUUAUUUUUUUUUGGAGGAACCCAUUUUAUUAAAUUUGCCACAAAUGCAGCAUACAAGUUAUAUUUUUAUAAAAAUCAUGAAUAUGGGGGGGGGGGGGGGUUGCACUUUUUAUAUUUGUCUAAUUUUUUUUUAUAGUAGAGAAGCGAGGCAAAAAUUUGGCUAAAUUUUUCAUUAAAAAAUACCAAUAUAUUAAACUAUGUUAGUGUUAAAGAUAUUUAAAAUGGUGUAUAGGUUUUUGUUUGAUGAACAUAUUAAUUCUUCAAAAACAGAAUCAAAAUUUUUUAAAUAUUGUAAUGUACCGUUUAUACUUCUGCUUAGUGUAGCUAAAAUUAAAAUGAAUCAGUAACUGCUUGCAGAAUUUUAUUUUAUUUCCUAGUACCCGUGCGAAUUCCUGUAUAUUUUUGUCUAAAUUCUCAUUUGACACAGGCUGACAAACUUGAAUAUUAUCUCUAAGCACACUCAACAGAUGUUAUUUCUGAAAUCUAGUUUGCAGUUUUGUGUAAUAGAUAAUUAGAACUUGUAAAGGAUUUGAUUUCCACAUAAGAAUAGGUAGCAUGCUACUUCAUCACAGAACAAUCACUCUAAACCUAUUGUUUUAAAAUAAUGCGACUAUUCUUUGAAGGUUUUUACUAUCAAGAGAUUAGAGAAAAACUUACCAUGCCACUGCUGGUGUUUAGACUUUUGGUUAAAAUGUUCCAAGAUAAUCAAUCCUGUAACUUGAUAACACAGUAAAAGGGUGGAGUCGAGGCUUUAAAUUUAUGAUGAAUUAGGAAUUAAGGUUUCUGGUUUCAUUAUCUGUAUCAUAUGUUUCUCACUCAUUUCAUUGUCAUCAGAGUCUCUGAACUGUUUAUAAAUACAUUUUGUUGUCAUACUGUAUUGUUAAUAUCUACUUAUAUUAGUGACAAGUGAUAGUGGUAACUAAAACUAAAUAUAUUUGUUUUGAAUGCAAUAUAAACAAAUUAAGAAGAUGAUUCAUAGCAGUUACAUAUUAAAAGAAAAAUAUUCAGGUAAUGAAAAGAUAUAAACUUGACAUUAAUUAUAACUACACAAGUUCCCUUGGGAGUUGUCAGCCACUUUUAGACAAUAUUAAUCUUGCAUAGCACUAUAAAUAUAACACAUUUAUGUAUUAUAAAUUUAUUAAAAAUCAAUAAAAAUCAACUACAAUCUUUAAAUGUAUGUAUAACUUUAUAUUAUAUACCUGAGACAAGUAAAAUGAUACAAAUAUCACUUCCUGUUUUAUAUAAAGAAUUUCAAAAGUCGGGAAAUGAUAAUUAAAGUUAAGCUUACUUAUUAACGACAUUUCCAUUUAUAUCCAAAAUAGAAUAAAUUCCAUGAUCAGAGGACAUUUCUUCUAAAAACAAAUAAUUUCCUCAUAAUUUGCAAAAUCAAAAUGAUUUGACAUUAUUAACAGUAAUUACUUUAUUGUCACCUUAAGAUUAUUUAUGUUGUCGGAAAUCCACAAUGUUUUGGAGGGCUCCUCUGCGCAGAAUGCAUUUUUAAUAGUAAUUUUUUAAGCUAGCCAAACCAAGAAAAAAAUAUAAUAGCUUAUUUUAAAAAAAAAUAGUUGACUUAAAAAAAAUAAUUAAUUUACCAUCCACAAAGCCCUGAGUACUAAUAUGUACCAAUCCUCUAUAGUCGGAUACAUUUUAUUAAUACUAUUUUUACAUUUGGUAAAGUGAAAUAUUCUCUUAAUACUUAUUUGAUCUCAUCAGUUGGUGGCCAGGAGAAAUAUGUCAUCCAAGACAUGUUCCAUUAAACAUUCAAGAAAAAGCUCAUCAAGUGGGAGAAUUCCCAGUAAGAUUUUUUGGAUCCCAUGAUUACUAUUGGAUUCAUCGUGGGAGGUAAUACUUUUACUCUCUUUAGAUACAAAUAUUUAUUUUGCCAUAUCCUUUUUGGCUUCAUUAGUUCGUGAAAACGUCAUGCUACCUUUGGUUGUAUUGGGGCAUAAUAUUUCUAAAAUAAUAUACUUAGUUAUUAAAUGGUGAAUAUCACCAGAGUAUUAAAUAGAAUUUUCUAAUAAAGGUCAUCAGGUCAUUUAAUGAAUAAACAUUGCAAUAAAGAAAUGUUAAAAGAACCAUACAAACUUCAAUUACCUAACUGAAUAGAUAACAUAAACACACUUUUGGAAUUUUUUUCGUGAAUAAUAUAAUUUUUCUUUGUGGUUGGCAGAGUAAACAAAAAACAUUUUGCUUUCAAUUUCAAGACUUUCCUUUGCUGAAAAUAUUUUUAUAUUUUUACAUAUCUUACAUUUUUAUUAAGGAUUUUGCUUUAAAAUUCAAAUAUGCUUUAAAAUUUAAUUAUUACAAAAGGUUUAAACAUUUACUGAGUCUUAAAUAUAAUCUUCUUUGUUUACAUUAUAGGGUUUUUCUGUUUCAAGAUGGGGACAAAGGGAGCAAAGAAGGUUCUUCAAGAGGAUUGUUCAAAAUAUACAUGAAGGGUGUCAAAGAAGCAACUGAAGCUUUUAAGCUAUGGACAGCUGCAAAAGCUAAGAAGGUUGAACAAGAACAAGAGCGUAAUGAUAAGAAACCAGCUCCUUAUAAAUUUAUCAAGGUUAGAUUGCAAAACAAAAUAAAUUGGACCACCAAAAUAUCACUUAGACUAAAAAAAAAUUAAAGACAUUAACACUAAGGCAUGCUAUUUCAGGUGCAACAGAUAAUAAAUGUUAGUAAAAAAACGAGCAUAUCAAAAUUGUUGAAUCACAUGUUUAUUGAAAUAUUUUCUGACAUUUAAAAAAAAAAAUUCUUCAACAGAGCAGUGUUCCAAUUGGAAAUGUUCAGAUUCACAAAGCAGAAUUAUCUGAAAUACCCAGAUGCGAGUGCAAACCAGACCAAACAGAUGCAUGCACCACUGAUUGUCUGAACAGGAUGAUGAUGUAUGAGUGUCACCCUGCAGUAUGUCCAGCCGGUGAAAAGUGCAACAAUCAGCGAUUUCAGAAACGUCAGUAUCCAGAACUUGAGCCUUUUAAGAGUGAGACUCGUGGAUGGGGUUUAAGAUGCUUAGAGGACAUAAAAAAGGUUUUUAGAUUUUCUAUAUACACCAUACUUUUCAUAUUCUUUUGCUAAUUGUUUUACUGAAAUAUGAUGUACACAGUUGCGAACACUAUAUUAAUGCUGGCAUUUCAAAAUCAUGACAAAAGCUAAUUACAAUAUUCAGAUGAUGAUACCACCAUAAAACAUCCUGAAUGGAAAGUAUUAUAUUGUGCCCCACAUAAUGUUACAUUAGGUAAUUUUUUUAUGUGGCACUCUUAAGAAACAUAUCCUUCUAGUGGUGUUUUAGGGAAAAAAUGAGAGGAUUUUUCUGUCAUGCAGAUUUUAUGUGAGAAAACUGUCUUGUCUCUCAGACCAGCCCAACUUAGGGCUGCUUUUGCAAGAAAACACGUUUUCUCUAUGGGUAAAGUUUGAAUGAAGAUGCCCAUAUUUGGCUAAUAUCAUUCCCAACUACUGGUGUUUGACAGAAAAUGUGCACCAGCUGGAAGUAGAUCUCUAGUAGAAAUUUCUGUCACUAAAUCAUUUCAGGGACAGUUUGUACAGGAAUAUGUCGGGGAUGUAAUUGAUGAGGAGGAGUGCAAAAGAAGAAUAGAGCAAGCUCAUGAAGAUAACAUAACAAACUUUUAUAUGCUCACUAUGGAUAAAAAUAGGUAUGCUUUUGAUUACCAUUUAAAAAUUUGUUCUUAGCUUAUCUUUUUAGACCUAUAUUAUUUAAUAGAGGCUGAAGAUAAAUAAUAUAACAAAUAUAUAAUUGAAUUAUUAUUUUUGCAUCAGUGAUGUAUUUAUUGCAAAAUUUAACAUUUUUCAAUAGAGUCAUUGAUGCUGGCCCCAAAGGUAACUAUUCUCGGUUCAUGAAUCAUAGUUGUUGCCCUAAUCUAGAAACCCAGAAGUGGACAGUUAAUGGAGACAUUAGAGUUGGGCUUUUUGCUCUUUGCAAUAUCCUGAAAGGUUAGUUUUUGUUUUUUUUGUUCCAAUGGGUUUUAUUCAAAUUAUUGCUGAUGGAAAAAUACAUAUAUUUAUUAUAGAUUUAAAUAUUUAAAGUUCUAGAAUAAAAACACUUGAAAAAUGCUUAACAGAAAUGAUACCAGAUGGAAUCAUCACUGGAUAGUUACAGUAUUAAACACAGAUAAGCUUUAAAAAAUUGUUACAACUAACUGUGAUCCUGCUUUAAAUUAAUGGCAAAGGACAACAUUCUCUUAACUGUUGCGGAACCAGCACUUAAGUGUAUAUUUAAAACUGUUGAUCUGCUUUGCUUUCUAGUUAGCUAGUCAAUAAUUAGUUGAAUUUGGGGGGGGUAGAAGCUAAUUUUAUAAAAUAAAAUAACUUUGAAACUGAAAGAUAGACCUUUAGGGGAAUUUACAUAAGAAAUGAUGUUUCUGUAACCAUUUUCAAAUACCCUUCAUAGAAAUCAUUUUUUUUUCUUCUCAUUUCAGGAUCAGAGCUGACUUUUAACUAUAACUUAGAGUGUCUUGGAAAUGAGAAAAAAGCCUGUGCCUGUGGCUCAGAUAACUGCAGUGGAUUUCUGGGAGUUCGACCUAAGGUAAGAAGGUUCUGAAUAAAUAUUGAAGACGUGAUCUGCUGAAAAUGGUAAAUUGUUUUAAGCACAUUUUAAAACCAAUAGUGUUCAUUUUGAAAAUAAAACAAAGCAUUUUAGGUAAUGAUUUUUGCAAAGAAAAACUCUUUCAGCCAAAUUUUGCAUUUCUCACAAUUUAUGGAAUUAUACAAUGCUUCUUAUUAGUUUCAUUUGCGUAUUAUUAUAUAAUAAAUUUAGAAGCUUUUCAUUAUUUACAUACACUUGGGGUUUGUGCGCAAUAAAAAUAAAUCAGCUUAAUAAAUUCAUUUUAAAAAAAAAUUAAUUUUGCGAAAUAAAAAUUUGUGCAGGCAUUUUUCUGCCAGCCCUGCACUGUUAUUAAAAUAUACCCAUUUUCUGAUUAUCUGUAUAAUUUUCUGAUACAUUUUGGAAAAUGAGAACAGUUUAUACACUUGGCCUGCUUUUUUCUUUAAACCUGGCGGUCUCCUCUACUCUAAGGUUUUCGCAUUCAGUGAAUCUUAGUGGAAUGAAAGGAAUUAAAUUAAUUUGCAACUAAAAAUAUUGAAAUUUAUCUUGAACUGGAUUUUGUUCCUGGAAAUAGUAUUGAGUUUAACCUGUUUUUUUGUAAGUUCAUUAAAGAUAAAUUGUAAGCCAUUUUUUAUGCAUUUUAAUCUUUUAUAAGAGCUUUAAUGCAAUGAAAAUAGUUAAUAUUUGGGUCUAAGAGACUUUAAAUAGGGCACAAAGUUCUUGUUACUGAAUGUUUUUAACUCCUGCAUAUUUUAGUCUUUUUAGGUUAUUUCCAAUUAACAUCAUUUUGCUGAUUAAUGAUUCCCUUAAAAUACUGAAAUAAUUAUAAAUCAUAUUUUUAUUCUUGUAAUGACUUGUGACACUGACCCGAAAAUCAUUAUUUAAUUAUAUUUAUAUGUUGAAAGUAGAUUUUUUCUGUAAUAAGGCCUGCAAACUUCAUUUUACUUUAAUUAAAGGAAUGAAAUGAACCACCCCAAAGUUUUAAGUUCUAAAUUAAUAUUUUUUUCCAUAUUUUAAAAAAGAUUUUUUAAUGUAAAAUAAUGUGUGAUGGUUUAAUUUUAGACCAAUUUAAAAAACAUUUGUUGGUUAAAUUUCAGACUGCUGCUGCCGCAGCUAAUGAAAAAAAGGCAAAAGAGCCUAAAAAGAAACGUAGAAAGAAAAAACUAGAUCCUCGAAAGGAACAUGAAGAUGAUUGCUUUCGUUGUGGCGAAGGUGGUGAGCUUGUGAUGUGUGAUAAAGGCAACUGCCCUAAAGUAUACCAUCUUCAGUGUCUUAAACUUACCAAACCACCAUCAGGUAAAAGCUUGUAAAUAGAAACAUAGAAAUAAACUUCCUUUGUAUAUCUGCUAAUUUUUUUCGAAAACCUUUAAAAAUUUUAAGCUUAAGAGUAUAGUUUACUUUUUUUAUUUGAUGGGAUGAAACGAAAAGUUUUAAUAGGAGGAAAACAUACAUUUUUAAACCUGCAUCCUGUUAAUUGAAAAAAAUCAAAACUUGAUUUGGAUCUUAUAAUAUGUAAUACAUUUGAUAUAAAUAAUAUUUUCAUCUCUUUAUCAAGUUUACUUUGAGAAAGUACAAAAAUAUACACCCUAAAAUUGUGUAAAUUGUCAGUAGUGUUUCCUUGUACUAAUCUAGGUAAAUGGCAGUGUCCUUGGCAUCAUUGUGAUGAAUGUGGCAAACUGGCUGUCAGCAAAUGCACUGAAUGUCCGAAUUCCUAUUGCUCUGCGCACAUUCAAGGAAAUAUAUUUAAAUCAGAGGGUUUGGAUAUAUGCAGUGAUCACACAGAAUUAUUAGAAAAUACAUCUCAGCCAUUGGAGAAUGCAAAUGUCAUUGGCAGAAAUGGAACAAAAUCAGAGGUAGAUUCAAAUUCAAGUGAAAGUGAUGGGUUAGAAUUAUCAAACAAUGAGAAACCCAAAAUUGAAAAUAAUUUGGAAAACAGUAUGAAUGUUGCAUGUACUGAGGAAUUAAUGGAGAAGAAUAGUGCCGAUUGUAAUUUAGAAGUGAAGAGUGAAUUUAAUAUGAAGCACAAAGUCGAUGAGAUGGUUGGUGAAAAAAACAUAAUCGCUACUCAGGAACUCAAUAUAGAAGCUUACAAACCGGUGUUUAAUGCCAAGCCUUUGGGGUUGAACACCAUUUCAUCACCAGGGCCCUCACCUAUUAGACCAACAGCAACACCAUCAGUAGCUGAAAUAUCUAAACAAACAAAGGGCAAUGUAACCCGCACAAAAGCAAGAUACAGAGCAAGGCUAAGUCAAACGAAAGUCUCAAAAUCUAAGAAUCCCAGUAUUGCAAAUGUUGCGUCAGAAAAUCCUCAGUCUGCUGUGGUUAACAAUGACAGUGAUGACAAUGAUAGUAUUUCUGAUCUUGUCAUUGACAUCCCAUGAUUACACAAAUAAAUAGUACAUAAUCUCUGUAAAUGUUUGCUUUUAGACUUAUCCCAUUAGUAAAGAUGAGUAAACGAUAACACAUAACUUAUACCUACAACUUUUAAACAAAACUGGUCUGUUUAGAAUUAUUAAGAAACCGAUUUAAAGACAAAUAAGACAAAUUUAAGUCUGGCUAUAAUAAAAUACUUCUGCAGGAUCAGCGGUGACCAUGUUGGAAUAUGUUUAAAAAUCAAUAUUUAUUUUAUGUUGUUUGUGUAUAUUUGCAAAUUAAAUUGGAUUCGCUCAUGG